AUGUUACGCACCAUUUUAAAUAAACGCAAACAACUACCUGAUGAAUCAAUUUCCAGUUAUAUAAACGAAGCAGAAGCCCUUUGUAAGAAAAUUGACCCCAAAAUGUCUCAAACCGAAUUAGUUCAUACUAUAAUGAAAGGAUUACAACCUAGAAUAGCAAGAUAUGUAGGUAUAUUAGAUAAUAAUACUCUCACAGAAUUAAAACGAAAUAUUCGUAAGUAUGAAUCUAUCGAGUUCAUGAUAGAUGGUAGUAAAACGGAAUUCCAAGAUGAAAUUAAACACAAUAUAGCUAGGGAAAAUAUAUUCAAUAUCAAUAACAGUGAUAAUCAAAAUCGCAUAGAUGUUCUUGCAUCACAGAUUUCAAGAAUUGAAGACAUGUUAUCCAAAUGCACAAUUUUUGGAAAUCAAUCUACACAACAAAACUCGAAAAAUGAAAAUUUCAAAACAAAUUAUAUCAACAGAAAAGGGCUUAAUAAUAAUAAUAGUAAUGAUUACAGAGAACGCAAUUAUAAUUAUUAUAGAAAUAAUAAUUAUGAUAAUAACAGAAUACAUAACAAUAAUCCUAACACAAGAAACAACAGUUAUAGAAACAAUGGAUUGUAUAACAACAAACCUUAUAAGAGAACAAUAGAUAUAAUAACAGAUAGAAUUAUAACAACAAAAAUAAUCAACAAAAUUCUUAUUAUUCCAAAACCGCAUGUAUUCAUUGCAAUAGAAACAAUCACGAAUCAAAUGAUUGUAAGUGGAAACUAA